AUGAACAAAUAUUAUGAGAUGGCAUUUAAGGAAACAAAUGCUACAACGGCUGAGCAGAUGCGUAAAAUAGCCGAGUAUUAUAUCAUUGAUGCUCUUAGUUGCCAGUGGUUAAUGAUUAAGCACAAUGUAAUUAAUGAGUAUAGGGAGGUUGCAAGCAUAGCAUUUAUAUCAUUAUUCGAUACGCAUUAUUUUGCAAUAGGAAUGAAAGGGCUUGAAAAUAAACGUCCUGUAACUGGCUUAGACUUUGCAUCAUUAUAUCUGAGUCUCAUUAUGACUUACAACCUCUCACUUGAUAAAAUUAUUUUAUCUCGAAAACGUGCUGAGUCUCUGAGAGAUAGUGGCAAAAGCCUUCAUAAAAUUAAUUUCAAAUUCAAUG